AUGUCUACUCAUCUUCGAGCAAAUCCCUGGCGUGCCUACCAGUGCCUUGCCCGGCAACGCCUGGGUCAAUGCAAUAGCACGGCCAGGUCCUUCUCCACGACACACUCUCUCCACAAUGCUGCCAACAACCCACUGCGCGCGGCGGGACGCGCAAAGAGCGAGCAGGACUUUGCCAAGUCCAAGCGCUCAAUUGCCCUCUCCGCCGCUGGAAUGGUCGUCUGCGGUGCUGCCAUGUACGGCGUCAUCAAGAUGGAUGUCUUCGGGCUGGAUGCGCUGGACACUAGUAAAGACAAGGCAUCUGGAACAGAGCAGAACAAGUUCGAGCAAACAUCAAGUCGAUCGAUGAAGAUGGAUGGGCCACCCGGAUUCCCCAGCACAGGUGGACCAUCCGUAAUCCCACUGCACGGCCAGGACAACGUGGACCAAGUUGCCACUGGAACCAGCACGAUCCCCUACUUCCCGACGACAAUUCGACUGCCCGCUGCUUCUGAAAUCGACAACAAGCAAACGGGCGAUGAGCUAUCCACCUCCGACGGCGACGAAUACCAGCUCCUCGGCCUUGGCAUCCGAACUGUCUCCUUCCUCUCAAUCCAAGUCUACGUCGUGGGUCUCUACGUCGCCAAAUCCGACAUCACCGAGCUCCAACGCGUCGGUGUCGACGCCGCAACAUCACUCGUCCCGCCAGAGCGCCAACAACUCAAGGACCUCCUGCUGGACGCCGAACGCGGCGACGCGGCCUGGACAGCCCUGAUCAAGGACAACGGCAUCCGCACCGCUUUCCGCAUCGUUCCAACCCGUAACACGGAUUUCAUGCACCUGCGCGACGGCUGGGUCCGUGGUAUCACGGCGCGCGCGCAACAGAAGAAGCCUCUCCCUGGAGCCGCAGCGCCGGGCGAGUUCCAGGACGCGGAGUUUGGGACCGCGAUGAAUGAUUUCAAGGCUGUGUUUGGUGGGGGUCAGCGGAAGAAUGUGCCUAAGGGUCAGACUUUGGUGUUGUUGCGUGGUGCGCAGGGGACGAUGGAUGCGUUGUUCCAGCCGGAGCCGACGAAGCCGAUGCGUUGGAUGGGUCGGGUUGUUGAUGAGCGGGUGAGUCGGCUUGUGUGGUUAAAUUAUUUGGCUGGAAAGACUGUUUCGAGUGAGGGGGCCAGGCAGAGUAUUGUGGAUGGGUUGAUGGCGAUUGUGGAGAGGCCGGUGGGCACUGUUGUGCAGCGGGUUGUAUGA